AUGCCGCAAGAGCUGGUCAUCCACAAGCUUUGUGGUGAGGUAGUUGUCGAAUUGGACGGUGAUGACAUUUCUGAAAUUGUGGCCGUAUAUGGUGAUUCCAUGAAGGCACUGAAGACAUUUCUUUCGCGCACUGUCCACGUUUCCAGAUUCCGACAACACCUGGCUAUCGGAUCUCAGAUCUUGCAAGAUGCUGAUUUGCUCUCGACACUGGACCUACCAGUUACCUUGCAGCUGGUGAUGGUGCCGUUUCUCCUUGCCACUCCUCAAGACCUGCAUGCCAUGCAGUCGGCAGCUGAGCGCAACAAUCAUAUUGAGAUGCAACGCCUGCUACAUAAGCGUAUUGACCCAGAUUUGAGUUUAACUCCUGGACACAGCAAGGCUUUACACAUCGCAACGACAUUUGGAAGCCUGGCGUGCCUUCAGCUAUUGCUUGAAGCUGGCGCCAACUUGCAGUCACUUGAUGAAGACGGAAAGUCAGCCUUGUCGCAUGCUGCUACAAUGGGCAAUGUCGAAAUCACCCGUGAGUUGCUUGCGGCUGGUGCCAAGAAUGAUGCAGCAAGCAACGGAGGGGAGUACCCGCUUUGCACCGCAUGCAGGAGAGGCCACCUUGGGGUGGUGCGCGAGCUACUGGAUGCCAGGCUCAAGCCAACAGCACUUCAAAGCACUGAGCAGUUGUUGCAACCGGUGGAAUCUCCCAGCAUUGCCAUCAGGCAAGCUCUACAUAUCGCAACCAAGCUUGGACAAACAGACUCCAUCCAGCUACUGCUUGGGGCUCGUGGCGACGUAGAAGCAAAGGACAACCAUGACAAGUCGCUCUUGUGGCACGCUGCUCAAAUUGGGCACACUGAUGUUGUGCGCUUGUUGCUGCAGGCUGGUGCUAGAACAGGUGCCGAGGCAACUGGAGAAGAUCAUCCACUUUGGGCGGCAUGCCGAAAUGGACGCUGGGAUGUAGUGCACUGCCUCAUCGAUGCACGUGCCCACGUUCACGCUGCAGAUGCAACAGCCAAUUCACCUUCGUGGAUAGCGGAUUGGCAUGGCUAUGUGGACAUUGUCCAUCACUUGGCAACCGCAGGCGAGAAUCCCAGCACAAAUAGCUCUGCGUCGCCGUUGUGGAUGGCAUCUUGUCCGGGCCAGUCCAGAAUGGCACAGGCCUUGCCUGCGUCCCGUGCUGACAGUGCCCGAACCAGCAUCAAGAUUCGCGCAGGUGCAUCGCCUUGCGCUAGCGACCAUCUCCAUUUGCAGGCAGCCGGUGCCAAUGCCCAAGACCGCAGCGGCCCGUAA